AUGCAAGCAUUUGUUAGCAGGUCGUAUCUGACCCCUGUCAGGGAUGAAGAAGCAGAAUCUCAGAGAAAAGCAAAAUCUCGCCAUGCGAGACAAACUCGCAGGUUAACACAGGGUAUGACUCCGACUGACCUGAAAGAGGCUCAGAAGAUCAGAAGCCUGGAAGAUGGAAAAAAUGAGGAUAGCAGCAGACUGGAGGACAGGUCCUGUCUGCGGAUGAGCUUAACAGAUGAUAGAAGAGUUCAGCCUGGAGUUACAGAGUACACAGAAACAACUGAUGUCAGUCUAAACUGGAGCCAAAUGGAUGAGGAGGGUAACUUUGAAACCAGAUUAGAAAUCCUGCCUGACCUUCCGCACCGACCUUACUGCAACAGCUCCUUCAGAGUUGGCGAGAGAUGGUGGAGAGAUGAAAAUCAGAACAUUGCAGAUUCAGCACAGCUGACUCAACAAAGACGGCCCUGCUUUGACACUGAAGGCUCAGACUACAUUGCAAAGUUUCUCGCAGUCCUAUCUUGCCUUCUAUCUAUUUGCCCUGAGCAAGGAUGGGGAAGUAUAGAGAACCGUGAGGCGCUUGCGUACCUCACUAUAAAAGGAAGACAGCAAUGA